AUGAUUCUUCACUGCUCAAACUUUGUCAUUUAUCUAUGGUUUUCAUUUGUGUUGAUCAAUAUUUCCGUUGCUCAACAAUAUCCAAGACCUCAUCGUCUAUGUGUCAAUCGUAAAAACCCAUCACAGUAUUAUCCAUGUGUUCUUAAUUAUAUUGGUAUUAAUAAUUGGUCGAUAUAUCAAUGUCCAGAUCAAUUGCUAUUCAAUGAAACAUUACAAAAAUGUUAUGCGAAAGCAACUCCGCUUAGUAGACGUUUAGAUCAACGCACUUUAUUAUCAUCCUUGGAUGAUUCUCUAUACGAACAAAUUAAUAAUUUUCUUCGAUCAAAUUCCAUGUUUCAAGAAGAAGAGCAAACAACUACAAUAAAACCAUUUUGGAAUGAAAGACCUAUGAAUAGUGGAGGUGUUUUUUGGGCAAACGGCUAUCCACUUAUGAGAUUAAAUAAUCAACCAAUGUUUCAACCAAAGCCAUCGAUCAACUCAAGAUUAAGUUAUUUUUCUCAGCAACACCCUUAUCCUGCACCAGUCAGUGAAGAAGAACUGAAAUACAAGAAAAUCUGCUAUUUUACUAAUUGGUCUCAAUAUCGGAAUGCUCCGGCUAAAUUUGAACCUGAAAAUAUUGAUCCGUUUCUUUGCACACAUAUUAUUUAUGCUUUUGCCUAUGUAAGCAACAAAACGUUUUUACUAGAAACAGUAGAAGAAAAUGAUGAAGACCUUUAUCGACGUGUAAAUGCACUGAAAAGACGUAAUCCAAAAUUAAAAACCAUAUUAGGCGUCGGUGGAUGGAAUAUGAAAUCAUAUGCAUUUUCGGUAAUGGUACAUGAUGAUGCAAAACGAAGAAAUUUCAUAUAUGAUUCGAUUAAUUUUCUUCAUAAACAUAAUUUUGAUGGUUUGGAAGUCGAUUGGGAAUAUCCAGGUAUACGUGGUGGACAACCAGAUGAUAAGUAUUAUCUAACGUUAUUUUUUCAAGAUUUUAAAGAAGCUGCUGAAGCACAAUCGAUUAUUACAAGUCAACCACGAUUAUUAAUAGCGGCGGCUGUUGCUGCUAGUGAAGAUAUUAUUUCAAAUGCUUAUGAAAUCGAUAAAAUUUCAAAAGUUUUAGAUUUUAUCAAUAUCAUGACCUAUGAUUUUCAUGGAGCAUGGCAAAAUCAUACAGGAUUAAAUGCUCCACUGUACAGACGUUAUGAUGAAACUGCAGAAGAGGCAAUGUUCAAUCAAGAUUUCGGUAUGAGUAUUUGGUUAAAGAACGGUGCACCAGCUCAUAAACUCGUUCUUGGUAUUCCAUUAUUUUCUCGAACAUUUUUAUUAGCACGAGCUGAUGACCAUGAUCUUCGAGCACCUACCAUUGGCAAUGGCACAGAAGGUCCAUAUACACGUAGUGCUGGCUUUUUAUCUUAUUUUGAAGCUUGUGUAUUUCAAAUGGAUCCUGAAUGGAAGAAACGUGCAGUACCCGAUGGAUCAGAAUCUGGAUAUAUGUAUAAAGAUCGUGACUGGAUUUCGUAUGAUACACUUGAAAAUGUAAAAAAACGAGCAGCUUAUGUUGUAGCUAAUCAUUUCGGCGGCUUAUUUGUUUGGUCACUUGACAUGGAUGAUUUUAAUGGAGCUUUUUGUAAUAAUGGUACAUAUCCAUUCAUAAAAAAUUCUUUAUCACUUUUACCAACGCAUCUGUCUUCGUAUCUUUAA